UUUGGGUUUUUCAGCACGUGGCAUGCCUGGAUGUCCCUGCCCUGUUUGUCACAUGGCGGGCCGAAGGCUCCUCUUCCUUACUGCUCUUACCCUGGAGCUCCUGGGAGAGGCUGGGGGUUCCCAGCCAGCCCUCUGGAGUGGGGGUGCUGCAGCAGCAUGUCGCCUGGACAACAAGGAGAGCGAGUCCUGGGGGGCCCUGCUGAGUGGAGAGAGGCUGGACACCUGGAUCUGCUCCCUGCUGGGCUCGCUGAUGGUGGGGCUCAGCGGGGUCCUGCCCUUGCUUGUCAUCCCGCUGGAGAUGGGGACCACACUUCGCUCAGAAGCUGGUGCCCGGCGCCUGAAGCAGCUGCUCAGCUUUGCCUUGGGGGGGCUCCUGGGCAACGUGUUUCUGCACCUGCUACCCGAGGCAUGGGCCUACACGUGCAGUGCCAGCCCCGGCGAUGAGGGGCAGCGCCUGCAGCAGCAGCAGCAGCUAGGGCUGUGGGUCAUCGCCGGCUUCCUGACCUUCCUGGUGUUGGAGAAGAUGUUCCUGGACAGCAAGGAGAAAGAAGGGCCUGGCCAGGUCCCCAGCAAAGAUCCCACUGCUGCUGCUGCUGCCCCUGCACUCAAUGGAGGCCACUGUCUGGCCCAGCCAGCUUCAGGGUCCAGCCUGCGAACCAUGGUCCGGAACAUCAAAGUUAGUGGCUAUCUCAACCUGCUGGCCAACACCAUAGACAACUUCACUCAUGGGCUGGCUGUGGCUGCCAGCUUCCUUGUAAGCAAGAAGAUCGGGCUCCUGACGACCAUGGCCAUCCUCCUGCACGAGAUCCCCCACGAGGUGGGCGACUUCGCCAUCCUGCUCCGGGCCGGCUUUGACCGAUGGAGCGCAGCCAAGCUGCAGCUCUCGACGGCGCUGGGGGGCCUGCUGGGGGCCUGCUUCGCCAUCUGUACGCAGUCCCCCAAGGGCGUAGAGGAGACGGUGGCCUGGAUCCUGCCCUUCACCUCCGGCGGCUUCCUCUACAUCGCCCUGGUCAACGUGCUGCCCGACCUCCUUGAGGAAGAUGACCCAUGGCGCUCCCUGCAGCAAGUGCUUCUGCUGUGCACUGGCAUCGUGGUGAUGGUGCUGUUCUCGCUCCUGGUGGAGUAA